AUAAGCGAUGCCGAGAGCUGCCGAGGGGACUCCGCCCUGAACAUCUGCAGGUUCCAGCUUGGAUUCUAGAUGCGCGGGCAACCUAAUUAGUAUGCACUAUCUUUCCAGGGAGUACCCGCCCCUUCCCGAGAAACUCACUGAAUAUUCAUUGCUCUGUUGUCCCCACCGAGCCCAUAUAAGUCCUAGCUUUGCUUCUUGCGAGUCAGUCCCGACUGACUCCUUUUACUUGUCACAAGUGAAAUAAACCUGUUAGAGCUGAACCCAGAAAUUGUCUCCUCUAUGUAUUCUUACAAGAGAAAGACAAGGACCCCUUGAGUCUGGAGGGCCUCCGUGCUCUUGGCAGUAACAGUUUGGCGACCACAAAAGUGAUUGAUUUAGUCUCGGGUUCGAGGACACGAGGGGACUCAGCCCACGGAAUCCAGCCCCUUGGAAAGGCAAGCGGCCGCCCGGACUUCCUUGUUCGGUGUCUCUUUGAAGCGCCUCUGCUUAGGCACCAUAUGGUUCCGACUAAAGUUAACGCUGGCUGAAGCGGUGGGAAGACUGUAGCGGGCGGCCGGGGUCCGUCCUUUACAGCUUACAGAUUACACACUGGUCGGCACCCAGAAUCAUCAGGGAAGGAUGAAUCAGACCCUGAAAAAGACUCAAGCCAAGCGCUGUCAGGAGACCGGAGAAACUUGGCUAAGACUAUUGCCAAUGGCCCUUCUAAGGGUAAGAACGACACCUAAAAGUAAGUUAAAACUUAGCCCUUUUGAAAUGAUAUACAGAAGUCCGUUUUUAACAUCUGAUCUUUUUGACUCCAAUACAAAAGAAACUCUACAUUAUCUUAUAAAUCUAGGACAAGUACAAGAGGCCAUUAGAGGGUAUGGGAAUGAGGUACUGCCUGCUUCUACAAAGGGGGCAGCAGCGACCCUAAGCCCGGGAGAGCAGGUGCUCUUAAAAUCUUAGAGAGAGGGCUCCCCAACAGACCAAUUACAAGAGAAGUGGGAUGGCCCCUUUCAGAUCAUACUGGCUACUCCCACAGCAGUGAAACUCAAUGGGACCUUGCGUACAUAAUUCAAGGAUCAAACUCUAUUCUCCCCAGGAGGGUGAAGACAUCGCCAGAGACACCCCAGAGUAUACUUGUGAGCCGAUCGAAGAUCUCAAGUUCCUCCUCAAGAAAACGGCCCAGGCAACAGAUGAGUAAUCCCAAUGGUAGAGUAGCUGCUACUCUAAGGGUCACUUUUGUCCUCGUUCUCCUUACCAUUUUCAUUUUGGCCCUUUCCUGCCAAGUCCCUUUGGGAUCUAAGUACGUGCCUUGGUGUUAAAUUAUGGGGCAAAGUGUGUUACUUCUCCUUCUUGGUCCCCUACUCAGCGUUGUUGCCCAGCCCUGGAAAGAUAAUUUACUAGUUCACCUGUCUGACGGCGUGGUCCACGGCAGUAAGUUGAGUGACUGUUGGAUCUGCCAUAAGGGAAAAACUGAGGGUUCUCGGCAUGGUCCUUUGUUUAAGGCAAUUCCUGUCAACCUCUCUGGUAUUGAUAGAUUGCCCCCCCCCUUUCCUAAACCAAAAGGGACAAAGAUAAUCACCUUACAGGUCAUACCCAGCCCCGUGGAAGCUAAUCGGUUUGGCGAAGUUCCGUGUCUCGAGCCGGCUGAUGUAUCCUGGUGGAGUAAUGUUGAACCUGCUACCAAAGACUUUAAGCGCCCUCCUUCUUGUUCCCCGGUUGUAGCAGACCUUAUAUAUCUAAAGAACUUUACCAAUUGUAAUAUUUCUCAUAAAAAUGGUAACACCUGGUAUGAAAUUGUUGGGAAAUUCAACUCUAAACUCACUAUAGGGCCCUGUGAGCCCCCAGGAGAGAACUUCACAAUGAUGGUCCAUGGCUCUCAAGCCACAUAUAAGACAUUCUGUCCCACUAAUAGUUCUUUCAAAGUAAACUAUACCACUCAGGCUAUUUGGCGAAUUAAUGAGACUAAUCCAACUUGUAACCAGAGUCACAACUAUGGGUCAUGGAAAAAUUGGAUAAGGUCCAUUCAUGCUUCUGCCUGGAACAAAAGUGGAGACUGGGGCCCUCUUAGAGGCCCUCGGUCAUACCCCGGGUGUGAGCGAACAAAUAACCAUUUCUUAACUGGUCGCUUCCAAGCCUGGAUUUUAAAAAAUCCUUCUCUCAACCCAAACAAUAGUACCUGCUGGCACAACUCACCUCAACUUUUGUGCCUUCCUACUGGACUGUGGUUUCUCUGCAGAGACUGUUCUGGAAGGACACGGGCACUGUCAUGCCUCAACUCCACCGAAGUCAGCGGCCGCUGCACCAUAGGGUGGUUGAGGCUAAAAGAUGACCACAUCAGUAGCCGUUCUUCUCCUCCUGUUUGGCCCCUGCGUGUUUCAGCUUUUGGUAAAGUAUGUGCCUUCUAGGCUGCCACAAUUCCAAGGUAAGCUAAGGAUGAUGCAGGGUUUCCAACCCAUCCCCAGUAGUGAGCUCGCUGGCACUCAGGUCUUUAGAGCAGGCAGAGAGAGAUGUUUAUUUGGUUAAGCAGGCCAGCGCCCCUUGACAGCUUGAAGAAGCUACAGAAGAAGAGGCAUCCGACCUAAUUCCCUUUAAGAAUAAAGUGUAUAAAUCUCUCUGGGGAUUGAGACAGAUAGGGUUAACUGUGCUGGCGGAAUAAAAGAGCUGUUAAAAGACUAUCACCUAGAAGUUGGGUAAACGAGAACCACAGCCUAUCAACAUAAAAUAUGGUUAGAACAACGCGUGAGUUACUACUUCCUCCUUAGUGUGUUUCUAGUCCCUUUCCCCUUCUCCCAGGCGCCACAUGUGUCGAAGAACCAAGUCUGACCGCUGUGCUGGCCCACCGAAGGGGGCGAGGUAACACAGAUCAGUGCGCCGGCACCAUAUCCCACAUCCCAUAAUAAGCGAUGCCGAGAGCUGCCGAGGGGACUCCG